AUGUCUAGAAGAGGUUGUCGUUUGUCAUCAGCGGAGGUGCUGUUCUUGACACUUAUUGUCAUGCUGUUUGUGGUAUGCGUGGGACUAAUUGUCCUCUCUUGGCUUGCACUGGACAAAAACGAGAAUGAAGGAGGUGAAACAGGCUCAGAGUUUACUGGGACGCUUGUAAUUUCUAGUGGAGCCAUUUUUACAGAUGAACUCCUCAACAAAAGCAGUGUACUGUUUAAAGCCCUGGCUUAUGACAUUGAGCAGCAGAUAAAUGAAGCCUACAGUCAUUCCCUUCAGGAGCAAUUCAAAAAUUGCAAAGUGAAUGAAUUCAGUGAGGGCAGUGUGGUUGUGCACUUUGACCUUCUCUUCAGUGGUGUUGUGGAUUCAAACACAGCUCAGGAUCAGUUAGUAGAGGGUUUACAGCAGGGUGAUGCUGGAUCUGAUGAAGGACUUAUGAUUGAUAUCAGCAGCGUGCAGGUCAAAGAUAAAGAAACUACAACACAAAGACCAUCUACAGCAAAACCAGUGAAGUGUCCAGAUGGACAGAAGGCAUGUGCUGAUGGUACAACGUGUGUUUCUCAGACUCAGUUCUGUGAUGGAAUACACAACUGUCCUGAUGGCUCAGAUGAGAACCUCAGUGUCUGUGCAACAGUGUGUGAUGGACAGUUUUUAUUGGUUGGGUUGACCGGAUUCUUUAACUCUAAAAACUUCCCACUGGAGUAUGACAGUAACACAGCCUGCCACUGGAUCAUACGAGUGAACGAAGGUUUAGCCAUAAGAAUUGUUUUUCACAGUUUCUAUAUGGAGGAAGACAUUGAUGUUUUGGAACUAUAUGAGGGCAUUGGACCUAUGAAAAAAUUAACAUACUCUCUGUCAGGCAUGUCACCUGGAAACAUCUGGCUUCUAUCUCAUGAGGCCACUGUUGGAUUUUAUGCAGACUUCAUCAACAACUUUCAAGGCUUUAAUGCUAGCUACAGAGCAGAGAACAUCAGUCAACUUUCUAAUGAAGACAAGAUAAAUUGUUCAUUUGAAGAGGACUUCUGUUUCUGGAGGCAAGAACAGGAGGAUGAUGGUGACUGGUUAAGAGUACGAGGCUCUACGCAUCCACCUGAAACUGGCCCAAGCUUUGAUCACACAAGAGGCAACCAAUCAGGGUACUACUUAGUGACACCUCGGAGCCCUGGAAGUUUGGAUAAGAAAUUCUGUAUCUACAGUGUCCCUCUGUCUCCUGUAAAUGAAUCUAUGUGUCUGCGAUUCUGGUAUCAUAUGUUUGGGGAAGAGGUUUCGCGGUUGUCGGUCAUGGUAGAGGAAAGGUCAGCGCUCACUAUCCUAUUUCAAAAAGAAGGGAACUAUGGGGACAACUGGAACUAUGGCCAAGUCACACUAAACUACAAAACGGAUGCUGUGGUAGUGUUUGAAGCACAGAAGAAGGCAGGCUUUCUGAAUGAUAUUGCCCUGGAUGACAUCAGUAUAGUGCCUGGUUCUUGUUUAGAUGGCCCCCCUGACCCAACCCCGGUGCCCCCACCCAUCACUUCCCCUCCUGUACCAACCUGUGGAGUCCGUAAGGUGCCCUUGCAAAAUGAGCCAAACAAGGACACAGAAAUGGGACAGAUAGCAGGUAAGGUGGUGGGAGGACAGGAUGCCCAGGAAGGGGCAUGGCCAUGGAUCGUGUCUCUGCGAUGGCAGGGGCGGCACGUCUGCGGGGCCUCGUUGAUUGACAGGGAAUGGUUGGUUACAGCCGCACACUGUGUUUUUGGAAUGAAUGUUUACCUGUCAAACUGGGCAGCAGUUUUGGGGCUUCACACUCAGUUUGGGACUGAUAACUCUGACAGACAAGUCCAUUCUGUAGAUCAGAUUAUUAUGAACAAGCACUAUAACAGGAGGACAAAAGAAUCUGAUUUUGCCCUAAUGCAUUUACAGACACCAGCCAACUUCACAGAUUACAUUCAGCCCAUCUGUCUACCAGAUCCUGGAGAACAUUUUGAAGUAUGGAAGAAGUGUUCUAUUGCUGGUUGGGGAAAACUGGCUGAAGAUGGCUCAGUAGCUAAUGUGUUACAGCAGGCUGUUUUGCCACUGUUAAACAACGCACAGUGUCAGGAAUGGCUGCCUGAGUACAACAUUACAGAGCGGAUUGUGUGUGCAGGAUAUGCUGAAGGUGAAGUGGACUCUUGUCAGGGGGACUCUGGAGGUCCACUGAUGUGUGAAGAGGAUGAUCAUUGGGUUCUUGAGGGGGUGACAUCUUUUGGGAAAGUCUGUGGACAACCUCAGCGGCCUGGAGUGUAUGCUCGUGUCAGUCAGUUUGUUGACUGGGUGGUAGAGACACGACGUCUCUACUCAGACUGGAAGGGAUAA